AUGAACUUCUUUCGAGUGGCGCUGGACUUUCCCCUUGUCGAAGGCUACGGCCAGUCUGAAUGUGCCGGCGUCGCUCAUAUUGCAGACCCUCGGGAUUUUGACUCGGGCAACGUGGGGGCCCCCAUGAUCUCGACCGAAGUCAAACUCGUGGCGGUGUCCGACAUGGGGUAUGAGCCCACCGACACGACCCACGGCGAGGGGGAGGCGCAGUUUCCCGUGUGCGGCCGCGGCGAAAUCUGUUUUCGAGGCCCGACGGUCUUCUCGGGGUACUUCAAGGACCCCGUGCGCACCAAGGAGGCGGUGGACGCGGACGGGUGGCUCCACUCGGGGGACAUUGGCGUGUGGCUGCUGGACGGCCGGCUCAAGAUUGUGGACCGCAAGAAGAACAUCUUCAAGUUGAGUCAGGGCGAGUACGUCGCGCCCGAGAAGAUCGAAAACGUUGUCGCAGGCAGCGACUUGGUCGCCCAAGCGUUUGUGUACGGGGACAGUUUGCAUGCCGUGCUGGUAGGCAUCGUCGUGCCAGAAGUAGACACUGUGGUCAAGUUGGCCAAGUCUUUGGGGAUUGCAAGCUCAGAUAUCGUGGAGUUGUGUCAACAUGACGAGGUGGUGGCAGCGGUGCACAAGGACAUUGUGCGCGUGUGCAAAGCCGCGGGACUCCACAGCUUUGAGACGGUCAAGACCAUCGCUUUGCACCCGCAGCCGUUCUCCGUCGACAACGACCUGCUCACCCCCACGUUUAAACUCAAGCGCCACGACGCCAAGAAGGCGUUCUUGCCCACCAUCAACGCCUUGUACUCGCAAGUGGGGGAUCUCGUGGGCGGCCACCACGUGUUGCAGGCGUAGAAGUAACUUACAACUGAAAAACAGGAAGGUUGGAACGCUUGCUUUGUGGGCGUUGGUAUCGCGAACAUGCCUAAGCUAAACACUCAAAUCAAGACGAGAAUGGCUGUAACGUUAC